AAACAUCGACGAGCCCAAACCUUCUCUGUUUGUCGCGCUCAGGAGUAGGUCGGGGUCUCAGAUAUUAACCAAAACAAACCAGAAUUUUCCUUCUUUGAUAACAAUGAAUCAAGAGGCAGAAAAGAAACGGAUACGUUCCAGAAAACCUGACAUGGCUUUGUAUGUCCCCAGAGGCCGUCGAGUCAAUGAUGCGCAAGAAGAGGAUGAGGGAGAAUCAGAGAAGGACCCUGCCAAAGUAGAACCUUCUGCCAGAGAUGAGCCCUCUUCACAAGCUCAUGAUAUUUCUAGCAAAAGCUCAUGCAGAGUUUCCAAGGUUCAAAAGGCACAUAAAUUUAGGGAGAAAAGGGGAGGAAAGAGCAAGGAAAAAUGUUUGAAGGAAAUUUUGCAUGAAGAUGAAAUUCUUAGUAAAAAGGAAAAUAUGAAAAGCGAUAAAAUUGCACAAUGUGCAGUUGAGAAUGACAGUAAUGGUAAGAAGGAUGCAGUUCAGAAUUUUACCAAAGAAGAAAAACAGAGUUGUAAAAACUCAGAAAAUCUUGAGAAAACAAAGGAACAUCUUUUUAAAAAUGGUGAUGUUGCUUUGGCUGAAAGGAGAGAUUUACAACUCCCAGAUCAAAGCUACUCCUUAAAUAAAAAUGUUUGGGAACAGACUUAUAGCCCUCGUGAUUUUAGGGCAGAAGAACACACUGAAGCCAAAUAUAAUGAUUUGUCAAAAGAUAACUUGAAUCAUCUCACUGAAGAAUCCACUGUAAAGGAAUUUCCAGAGGAAAGUGUCCCUAGAUUGUCCCCAGAUCUUGAAUCAAGAAAUCCGGACACUUCAUUAGUGGAGUCUAAAGUUGAGGAUUCACAGAACUUGGAACAAAGUUGCAAUCAUGAAAACUGUGUUGUGGAAACACUAUUACCACUUGACCUCAAAAUCCGAGAAGAAGGGUCAGAUAUUUUAGUAACAGUUGGAAAAGAAGAGCAUAAUGACCAAGAGAGCUGGGACACCAUGUUUAAUGAUGAUGGUGACUGCCUUGAUCCUCAUUUGUUGGAUGAGAUAAUUAAACAAGAGAAGAAAUCAAAGAAGUCCAUUCAAGAUCCUCAGUAUGAUUACUAUAAUUACACAGCAGAACCUGAUUUGGAGCUCAGAGAAGAUGAGUUGUCUCACAUUAUUGAAAUAUAUGAUUUUCCUACAGAAUUUAAAACUGAGGAUCUUCUACGGGCCUUUAACAGUUUUCACCAAAAGGGAUUUGAUGUUAAAUGGGUGGAUGAUACCCAUGCCCUGGGACUUUUUUGCAGCCCAAUUGCAGCUCGUGAUGCCUUAAAGUUGAAACAUCCAAUGUUGAAAGUCAGACCACUUUCCCAGGCAUCCUCAGCAUCAAAAAACAAAGCCAGGAAGUGCUCAGAUUAUCUCUUACCUGCUAAAGAACGUCCUCAGACAAGUGCAGCUCUUGCUCGCAGGUUGGUAAUUGGAGCAUUAGGUGUUCGGAGUCCACAAACCAGGGAGGAGAGAGAGGCAGAAAAGAAAAAGCUUCAGCAAGCACGUGAACAAAAGCGAUUGGCAGCAAAGCAACGUGAAGAUGCAUGGGAAGGGAAGUGAUCGACUUUUCUUUCUAUGUAAAAACAUUGGACAAGAGUUUUUUACUUGCCACAUCACUCCGUCAGACCCAGCACAGACCUAAGAAGGAGGAGCUGAACAGAGAGAAAUGAAGGGCUCAUAUAGGAGGCAUGAGGAUGGAAGACACUUAAAACAUUAAUUUGAUUUUUGAGUCAGUUCCUCCUUAAACAAAUGCAUUUGAUUUUUGUUUAUUUUAAAAUUAUAUUAAAUGUACUUUGUGUAAAUAGUAUAUAUUUUUCUUCUUUCAAAAUUGUCAGGUUUUGUCUUGGUUACUGUAAAAUGUGAAACUCUGUAAUUUAAUAAGAGUAUUUUUCCUUCUUAAGUUGAAAUCCAAAGUUUUUACAGAAAAAAACAGCUACAUCACAUAUUAGACAGAUGUCUGAUUUCAUCAAUGUUAUUGUUAUUUGUGCACCUCAGCCUUUUCAGGACUGCAAAUUGGAAAUGUUUUUAAUAGUCUAGGUAAGGUUUAUUAUUUAUAAUACUUUUAUUACUAGUUUAAGUAAUAAUAGACAGCUGUUAAUUGUAGUUUGGAUGAAAGUGUUGAGUAAUUUGGUGCAACAUAUUUAAUACAAAGACAUACAUUAAAUAAACAUACACCAUAUGCUCCAAAGAAAACAAUACCUGUGUUUUUAAAUAAAUAAUCUGGAUGUAUUAUUUUAGACAUUUUAUAUUUGAUAUGUAAUUAAAUCCGUGGCUUACGUA